UCGGCCCAGCACAGUGGUCUUCUGUGAGGUCACUGCAUGGGCACUGUGGGCUAUGGGGGCAGAGAUAACAGUCCUCUCAGGGAUGCUGGGCUGAGAGGGCCAUCUUAAGACAGAUGACAGACACAGGAGCCCUGGGAGGGACACACAGGCUGAGCCAGGCCCAAGCCUUUCUGGGACCUCAAGAUGGACAGAGAGUAGAGUCCAAUACCUGAGGGAGAGCCCCAAGUGUGCUAGCAGCUGGAGGGAAGAUGGGGCCCCUCCCUGGGCUGGAGGGUGAGGGGCGGAGCCUCUGCUCAGGGGCUCUGGUGUCGGUCUCAGCAGCCCCGUGGAGUGGACUCUCCAGGUUCUGGCUUCAGGCUGGGAGCCCUGGUGUCCAGGUAUGUGCCAGGCCCAGCAGUCACUGCACAGGGGCCUCAAACUCCCCCAGGCCCGGACCCCAGGGACUUCAGAGCCAGGGGCAGAGAGAGGCAGAGGGGAGGAGGGUGCAGGCCACGGUCUUCCCGCCUUGGCCAGCUCCUGCAGGAAAGGCUGGCCGGAGCCGGGACAAAAGGCGGACGUGCAGCUGGCCAUGUGCGCCUUAUCAGGGCCUGCACCCGCUGCACCCCAGCCGGCUCGGAAGUGCUCCUCUAGCCUGCCUUCCUGCCACUCCCCCGCCCUAACGGUGAGCUGCGAGAGACAAGGAGGCCACAGCAGGAUGACACCUUCGACCACUGAGAAGGCAGACCAGGGAGUGGCGGGGCUGCCUGGCCUUCAGAAGCCAUCUGAGACCGCAUUGAUCCUGCCAGGACUCUCCCACUCUUCAGAUGAGGAAACUGAGAUCCAGAGCAGCCUCAGCCCCUCAAGGUUUGAACCACGGCAAGCUCUGCGUGAGUGGGUAAAUGUUAACAGUCACGCCGUCCCAGAGGCCCAGCCCAGAAGCUUCCGCGGCGCCUGCAGUCCUGUGGGCCCUGGCUGUGGUAAUAGAGCCCUGGCUGCAGACGUGUCUGGGUCACUGCUUAUCAGCAUGCUGGCCUUGGGCUGCUUCCUUGAGUCCUGCUUCCCUCCCCGUCAGCAGGCUGUGGUGGCCAUGGGGGCCUGGCACUCAGCGCCUGUCCCUCCUCCCACUGGAGCCCUCUGAGCACCAGGCAUCGUGAGCUCAGUGCUCCCUCUCCUGGCUGCACUGCAGCUGGCUUGUCCAGGUAGGAGCAGCCAUGGCUGUGACGGUGGCAGGAAGGUCACAGGGGCACUGGGUUUCCACACAGCAUGGGCCACCAGUGCCACUGGCAGAGACGUGCUGGUCCCUGGACUGUGGCUGUGGCGCCCUCUGCUCCUGCCCCCACCUCAGCCUGAGCCGAGAAGUGUUUGUGCUGUGACUGUGGAAAGAUGCAGGACAGAACUUAACUACUCUAAGUGCACAGCUCAGUGGGGCUGGGGAUGUGGCUCAAGAGAUGACGUGCUCGCCUGGCAUGCGUGGGGCGCUGGGUUCGAUCCU